AUGCCAAAACUUGAAGAAGCCACUAUAAACAUAUAUGAAUAUCCAUAUCCACUUACAUCAGAAGUACAUAUUCCAGAAGGAAUGUUCCAAAAUUGCAAAUCUUUGAAGAAAUUUACAUCAAAUGGAACAUCAAAAGUUUAUCAAUAUGCAUUCAUGGCAUGCACGGCACUCGAAACUCUUUCUACACCUGAUAUUGAUGAGAUUGAACAAUAUGCUUUCGCAUAUUGCACAAAUCUUAAGUUCACAAUCUAUGGAACAUUAUUAAAAGUUGGUGAUUACGCAUUCGCUUACUGCCAAAAUAUCAAAAUUAACACUUAUAACUUUACAGAUGCUGGAAAAUAUAUAUUCAUCGGAAGCCAGGCAAUAUCAACACUUGAUAUCAAUAGAUCUCUUGGAGAAUAUGAGUUCUAUUCAUGCCAACAGUUAACAUCUAUUAAACUUCAUGAAAAUAUCAAUACAAUACCAAGAUAUUGCUUUGCAAAUUGCACAAAAUUGACAUCCGUUCAAUUUCCAAAGGUUUCUAGACUCCAAAUUGGAUUGUCUUGUUUUGAGAGUUGCACAAGCUUGAGCUCAAUCGGAUUUGAUAACAUUAUGAUGGGUCAACUUGGAGGAUAUUGCUUCGCUGACACAAAAAUUGAAAGUUUGAAACUCAUCAACACAUCAACUGAUAUUAAAGAUUUUUAUAGAUGCCCUAUUAAAUCAUUGACAAUAGGUGGAGCAACAACAGCCAUUGCAGAUGGAUCCUUUGAAGAAUGUACAAAGUUAGAGAAAGUUGUUAUUCAAAAAGAUGCCUUUGGUUUUAAUGUACUUGCAUUCAUGAAUUGCGAUAAAGUAAAGUUCGAGUUUGAAUCUGGAAACGAAAUAAUUAAUGAAAGUAAUGGAAUUGUUACAUGUCAUGUUGAAGGUGUUAGCAAAAAUAUGACAAUAUUGGUUGCAGUUCUUCCAUCAUACAAUGAGAAAACAUUUUCAUUAUCUGAUUCAUAUGAUAGCAUUCUUCCAGGAGCAUUUUACUUUGCAGAAAAGGUUGAGAAGAUUGAAAUAACUAAACCAAUACUUGGCAAUUUACAGAAUAGUAGAUACCUUAAAGAAUUGACAAUCAGUAUCAGCAACUAUUCAGAUCCAUUUAUUAUUGACCAAAAUUUCUGCGAUAGUAAUGCUAAACUUAAAAAACUCACAAUAGAAAAGGCUGUACCAUUCAUCGAUGACCAAGCAUUUAAUAAUUGCACAAAGCUUAAAGAAGUUACCUUACCUGAAAGUAUUUCCUUUGGCCAGAAUGUUUUCGCUCUCUGCACAGAUUUAGAGGAGAUAAAGAUCCCAUUAUUUACUGACAAGUUAAUUACAGUAUAUACACCAACAGUGGAUAUUCAAAAACGACCAUCGGGAGAGUAA